AUGCGCGGGCGGCCGCGCGGGCUGUCGAUCGGGCUGCCGCGAGGGCGGCCGCGAAGGGAGCCAUUUGUUGCGCAGGUGACAAAGGAGUCGCGUCGCUCAUCAGUGCGGCUUCGAUCCAAGACACCGCAGAAAGAGCUGCGCCCGAGAAAGCGCCUGAGGACAAAGACCCCCGAGCGUAAAGUGCUAUUUGUUCGCCAAAGGCCGAACCAUCGCCGCACCCCUGGAGGCGGCCAUCCGCAGAAGCGGCUCAGGACAAAGACUCCGCCCCGCGAUGUGGAGUGGGCAAGGACGCCCAGCUGCGGCACGAGACCUGGGCACAAGACCCGGAGGCCCCAAAGAGCGGAGGUGUGCUUGGCACCACCUGUGCAGCCCAAGAGGCGCGGCAGGCCGCCGAAGCGAGCCCCUCGAGGACUCGAUGGAUUCGAAAGUCCUGUGGAGGUCUUUAGCCCCACAGUGUGCGAGGAGGAUUUGCUGGCCAAAGAUACCAUGAAGCACUGGGGAACCGCCCCGAGGCCUUCGUCCUCAGAGGAGAAGGAGCUCGGGGAGUUGGACGAGGAGGAGAUAGCGGAGCCAGGGACAGAAGGAUUCUUCCGACGGGUCUCUCCGAAAUCGGAGGCUGCGUCCGCUGAUGUGGAUGGAGGGCUUGUGGAGAUGCUGCUUCAAGAUGAAGCAAGCCCGAGCGCGGACACCCCGGCUGAAGCGACGGCCGCCACCAUCGAGAUGAUCAAGAAGAUGGUGGACUUCAAAGGCACCCGCUGUCCAUCUGGGCAGCGGAACUAUGCCAGGCGUGACGUCUACGGGAUGUGGCACGAGCUCUUCCUACAGGCCCAGAAGCUGGUUGGGAACAAGAUCUGGCGGGGGCAAGCGCUGCACUACAUUGUCGAGCUCAUGCAGGAACUCGAGGGAGAGUCCAGCGUCAAGAAGAUGAGGACCUUGUACCAAAACGCCUCCUUCUGGAAAGGGGCUCUGCUGCUUCUGCUCAAGCAUCUAGGGUGCCCUGUGUCGGAAGUCAACGAGCUGAAGAGGAAGUACUACCUCCGACAAGGGCGAAUCUCGCAGAGGACCCUGCGUCGGCCGGACUUCAAGGACCUCAGCGACUACUACGCGAAGUGCCGUGCCCGUGACCCCGCGGGCUUCGAAGUGGAUCCGGCAACGCCGCAGCCCCCGCGUUUUGUUCACCGUCCGCACAGUGACGAAAGACCCGAAAAAGCUGAGAAAUGCUCUGGCGCUGAGAGGCCACGAGCCCACCCGAUGCUGUUCUACAUCGUCCGGCAGGACAACUCGGCUUACUGCUUCCGGCAACCGGGGUUCAUGACGGUGCGCCAAUGCAUUCAGGAAGCCUUCGCGGAGUCGCCCUACGACCCGGAGUGUUUCUUCUGCCUCCACGAGAAUGAGGCUUUGCAUCUGGACACCGAGAUUGGCGACAUCUCAUGGCAGACGAAGGACCGCGAGCCGCGGCUCCUGUACGUCUACCUGCGCAACAGGGCGAGGCAACUGGAUCCUGGCGACCAAAGCGAGGCCGGUGAGGCCUGUCAGCCUUGA